GGGUCUUUGAAGCUACUCCUUUCAACUGCGUAUGUUUAAGACUGAAGUAUAAUGUCUAUACAAGGUUUGUUAUUACUGGGGAUGUGUUUUACACUAUACAAGUCAAUCGUGGCCGAUGUUUGCCUGUCCUGUCAGGGCGUCGUUUCACCAGUUGCUUGCUCACAAGUGGAAACUUGCGGAGCCCACGAAGUAUGUUUCAUGGAUUCAUUUGCUACGUCAAACGGCUACAUUCGAUAUAACCUUGGCUGCAGAGACAGUGUCAAAUGUUCGACACCUUCAGUAAUUGGAAAACGACUUUUUGAUGGCAGAAUUUCGGUCACAAGCGACUACCAUCGGCGCAGGAGUGAGACUGUGAUUUGUUCACAGUGUUGUCAUGGAAAUCUGUGCAAUCAAGCAUUGUGUGGACAGAGAGGCUUUGGUCAAGACCAGGGACCAGUUUGUUAUUCCUGUGACAUACAACAGGACUCGGAUUCGUGUGAUACCAUACGCCAAUGCUCAACGGACCAGGUAUGUCAACUAAAGUUCGAAUACCGACCUGAGUAUAAAGCCGUGGUAUAUCAGACAGCUUGUAAGAGCCCUUCGGACUGUGAACAGGACAAGUUGAAGGUAACACAGCUUCUUGCCCUUCUCGGACAGACGGCAGACACAAGUUGUCACAUCCAGUGCUGCACGUCUGACCUCUGCAACAGCGUCACAUGUCCUAGUAAAUCCACGAUUGCUAUGACCACGGCUAUGACAAUAAUACAACCAUCUCCGACCACCACAAGAACAACCAAGCAACAAACCACGAUAGUUCAUGUUACAACAACAUUAGCGACUACACCACUAGCAACACAAUCAUCAUCAUCAACAGCAACUACAACAACAACAACAACAAUCCCUGGAUCUACACCGACAACUCUGCAACCAACGUCUACGACUACAGAGGAUCCAGUUAUAGCAGCCAUUUGUCAAAACCCAAGUCUAGCAUGUGGUCAGGAGUUGGAUCCGGUCUGUUCGUCCGAUCAUGUCUUUUACAUAAACAAGUGCCUUUUUGCAAAACAUUACUGCAAUCACCGAAAUGUGACGCUGAUUGAACUGGAGCACUGUGUGUAAAGUGUUUCCUUUACUGUAAUUCUUUGUUAGAAUCCAAGUAAUUCAAGUAGAAUUUUUAGACAACCAUUACUGUAAUUUCUUUUCAAAUGUUACGGGGGUAAUCAGCAGCAAAUUAUUCUUAAAUAAAUUCUGCAUAAAUA